CUGUUGCCUAGGGCAACCGCUCCCUCAGGCCUGAAUGUGGCGGCGGUUUCUGCGAAUGGACACCCUUGGGAGGAGGUCGGCAGGGCUGGUGGGGAGGUGACGCGGCUGAGCGCACUGGCUCGCGAGACGAGAUACGGGGAAAUCGGGCGUGCUCUGGAGAAUGGAUUCUGCAAGAAAAGCCAGCUGUCCCACGCGUGAUGUUUCUGGUGACUUCAGUGAUAUUUCCUUAGAAGAUGCAACAAUGGAAGAAAUCAGAAACUACCAGAUCAGUAGAAAUCUUACCAAAAUAGCCCCAGAGCGUAGCAGAUUUCUAAAAAGAAACCAAACUCUAGGUGAAAAACACUUACACCUGAAAGAGAACGCUGUGCUGGGGCGUGGACCCGGGCUUGCCUCAAGUAGACCGCCCACCACUGCAUCCGGGAUCCGAGCUAAUGCCGCACUCAUGAAGCUGGCCCAGCUAGAAACACGGAUCAUGAAUCGGAAGGUGCAGAGGAAUUUGUCUGGCACGGAGUCUGACUCAGUGGGCACUGAAGCCAGUCUUCCAAAGAGAGCUGACAACAUUCCCCCCGGGGGUAGAGUCGAACUGUGGUCCCAGAACACAGAAAAAACUUCCCAGAAACAAGCCCCUGAACUUCCUGUCACCGAAAAUAAUGCACAGAACGCGAAGGUCAGUAAGUUUCUAAAGAAAAAACAACCACCUGCUGAAAACGUAUCCUCCGAAGCACCUGUUGGAAAAGAGAGGACUUUGCAAACCUCCAGACAGAAGAAAGAACCUGCUAGAACAUUUGAUUCUCCAGACAGUGAUGAAGAGGAAAUGAAAGCAUUGCUAGGAAGCUUGAUGGACUCUUCUAGAGAAAAAAAAACAAAUCAAGGCUCCAGCAGCGCUGAAGUUAGCGAGGAAGAAGAAAUAAAACUGUUUUCGGUCCCAUCUGAACAGAGAGCAUUUACUGUACCCAGCGUGGAACUCUCCAGUGCAAAGCCUUCUCAGACAUCAUGCCUGCCAGCCUCCCUAGCAGCAGACGGGACCCUUCACAGCGCUCGCUCAAGAGCACAGUCCCCGCAGAGUCACGUUUCCGAUGACACCACCUCCCACACGCCGUCGUUUUCCAUCACAGGCGCCUUUUCGAAAUCAGUCUCUUUAAAGAUGGGGCACAUCAAGCUUGCGUCCUCCCCUGGAGGGAGUGAGGCUGAGCCUGUAGACGAGUCAGUUUCAGAAGGUGCUGAUGACAGCCUCGACGAGUUCAGAAUAAAUAUUUUAUCGCUUGACGAUCUGGCUCCAGUUGUCAGUGAGAACUCAGAUCUGGAACAGGAAGAGGAAAGUGCUCACAGGGAAAAAACAGCUGGCACAAUCUUCAGAGCCGAGGCAUCUGCUGGGCAGGAUGCCCCGAGGCCUGCCCAGGCGAGGAGCUGGGCAUUGCGGGGAAAGGCCGCCUCUGCAGAGGGGCAUGAGAGCGAGGUCUCAGAGCAUCUCAGUGCCUGCUCGGCUCCUGGCGUCCGGCCGGACAGCGCUUCCAGCAUGCAGCCGCCGUCUGAAGCCCCCAUGGUGAACACAGUCAGCUCAGCCUACUCUGAGGAUUUUGAAAACUCUCCAAGUCUGACGGCAUCUGAGCCAACUGCCCGUUCCAGGGAGUCUCUUGACAGAACACUGGACGUUCUGUCUGAAUCUUCUUCCAGUGCGAAGACAGACCUUCCACAAACAGCUGAGUCUAGGAAAACGCCAGGCAGGCAUGUGACAAGAGUCCUUGUGAAGGACACAGCUGUGCAGACGCCCGAUCCCGCCUUCACCUACGAGUGGACCAAGGUGGCCGGCAUGGCAGCCAUGGGGCCUGCCCUGGGAGGCGCCUACGUGGACCCGACGCCCAUCGCCAGUCAUGUUAUCAGCGCGGACGCAGUAGAAGCCCUGACCGCCUACAGCCCGGCCGUGCUGGCGCUACAUGACAUGCUGAAGCAGCAGCUGAGCCUGACGCAGCAGUUCAUCCAGGCCAGCCGGCACCUGCACGCCUCCCUCCUGCACUCCCUGGACGCAGACGCCUUCCACUACCACACCCUGGAGGAAGCCAAAGAGUACAUUAGGCGCCACAGGCCUGCCCCGCUGACCAUGGAGGACGCCCUGGAGGAGGUGACCAAGGAGCUGUGAGCACAGAAGGUGGAACUUGAUGUGAUGUCUAAGGAAAGCAAAGCACCGCAGAGUCCCAGCGUUACCAGCACGGCAGUUAAGAUAGGAUCUUACGGUGGAGUGGGGCUCCUGGACCGUGACCGACGUCUCCUUCCUG